AAAACCAAAAAAAAAUAAAUAAACAUUAAAAAAAGAUAAAAGAAAAAAACCUAAAAAAUGGCAAGAAUUUCAUUAGCAUUAGGUCUAUUGUUACUAGUAUCAUUAAGUGAGGUAUACGAAGUGCAAGGGACGUUUUUAUUGAGGCAUUACUUGAGGAAACUUCCCAGAAGGAACAGAGACUUUCGACCAUUUGCUUGCUAAGGUAUGUUGAGGUUUGUGACCCUUCUGCAAUCUUUGUGUCCAUUGAAGCCACGAUACACGAGCUUCUUCGGAAACCUAAAGUCUUACAUGAACUUCAUAAACUCGGCCUCCGGGUCGGCAAACUAUGACUCCGACCUGAAAGGAAAAGCCCAGGGCCUCUACUCAUCUAUUUCUGCAUUGAGUGGCAAAGGCGGAGCAUCGGCUGAUUCCAGCAAGGUUAUGGAAACAUUAAUGUCAAUGGGUAAGACAUUGGGCCACCAGCAAGAGAGCAGUCCAACAAUGUCGCUUGGAGAAAGGAAAGAGUUGAUCAUGUCUAUGGCGAAAUGGACACAAACGAUUGGUCAAUUCGUUGUCAGUCCUGCAGCACAGAACGGAAAAACAAUUGAUAUUUCAUCUUUAGGACUUGAUAUUGACGCGAGUGCCACCGCAACUGGAGAGUCCACUACCAAUACCGAGACCUCUACCACUACUGACACUGGUACCCCUUCUGGAGGCAAUACGGCCACUGGCACUGGUUCCACAGCUGGAGGCACUACGACCACUGGCACUGGCACCACAGCUGUUGGAAGUCCAACUAGUAGUUGCACCACAAGUAAGUGUUCUAAUGGUGAUGGAAGCUCCUUUAAAGCUGCUGUGAACAUUCAGCACGGAGGGAAGGCAUCCUCCCAGUCUCAACAAACCACAUCAGCCCAACAAGACGUAACCUCUGCUGGCUCUAGCUGAAGAAAGGCCGACCUAGCAUAUAAUAUAUAUAUUAAAAGUAUUAAUAAUAUUAUUUAAAUAAGAAGACGGCCCUGCUAAGCAUAAUUUAAGCAGCGAGCUGUAGAAUGUUUGGCUCACUAUAUAUAUAAAGCCUGUUUUUGAUAAUAAAUUAUAAGUUUUUUUUAA